GAUUGGCCGCUCUGUGAGGAAGUGAUGCCUGUUGUCAUGUGAUGUGAUGAGCAGUGUGGAGGAUGGAGGGUUUGGGGCUCCUUUCCAAGCUGCAAAUAGACCAAUGUCCGCAGUUUCUUCACAAAGUUAUUGAUGGAAUUUGUGGCCAGGCGUAUCCUCGAUUUCAGGAUUAUGGAAGUGUCUGGAACCUGAGAGAAUGGCUGCAAGUUUUAGAAGAUACAGAAGCAUUUAUGAAAGCCCUUGUUGGUAAAGAUGAACCCCAAGAGAAGUUGGAUAAUCAACUUAAUGGGUUUACUGCAGAGUAUCAAGAGGCAAUUUUAAAGUGUAUGAAGAGCAGAAAAUUUGAAUUAAAAGAUGCCCUCCUGCAGAAAGUGUGCGCUAUGUCCUCAGCAUACCUACAAGACUUUGAUUGGCAGCUCAAGCUGGCACCUAAAUCAGAUCAGCUAUGUGCACUGCAAGUCCCUGUUCUUUCUGCCUUACACCCCUGA